AUGGAAUUGCAAUCAAACCUACUAGCAUUAUUAUUUUCACUUCACAUUUUCUGUCUCAUUUUGAUCAAGGCAAAUGCAAAGGUUCCGGCAAUUAUUGUGUUUGGCGACUCCUCCGUUGAUGCCGGGAACAACAACUUCAUUCCCACGGUUGCACGGAGCAAUUUUCAACCGUAUGGACGUGACUUUUUAGGGGGAAAAGCGACCGGAAGAUUCUCAAAUGGGAGAAUACCAACGGAUUUCAUAUCAGAAGCUUUUGGUAUAAAAGAAUAUGUCCCUGCAUAUUUGGAUCCUAAGAAUAGUAUUUCAGAUUUUGCAACUGGUGUCAGUUUUGCUUCUGCUGCUACUGGUUAUGAUAAUGCAACUUCAGCUGUACUAGGUGUGAUACCAUUAUGGAAGCAAUUAGAGUACUACAAACAAUACCAAAAGAAUCUAACUGCAUAUCUUGGUGAAACCAAAGCAAAAGAGAGCAUUUCUGAAUCAUUACACCUUAUGAGUAUUGGAACAAAUGAUUUCCUAGAGAAUUACUAUACCAUGCCUGGUAGGGCAUCACAAUACACAAUUCAACAGUACCAAACUUUUCUCGCCGGAAUUGCAGAGAAUUUCAUAAGGAGUCUCUAUGGUCUUGGUGCUAGGAAGAUUUCCCUUGGAGGGUUACCUCCCAUGGGAUGCUUACCAUUGGAGAGAACUACAAAUUUUAUGGGUCGGAAUGGUUGUGUUGCAAGCUACAAUAACGUAGCACUUGAAUUCAAUGGUAAACUCCAGAAUAUAACUACUAAGCUCAAUCAAGAGCUCCCUGGAAUGAAGUUGUUGUUUUCUAAUCCAUAUCACAUCAUGUUGCACAUCAUAAAGAAACCUGAACUCUACGGGUUUGAAUCAGCCUCAGUAGCAUGUUGUGCUACUGGAAUGUUCGAGAUGGGUUAUGCAUGCAGCAGGGGCAGCAUGUUCAGUUGUUCUGAUGCUUCCAAAUUUGUGUUUUGGGACUCUUUUCAUCCCACGGAGAAAACGAAUAGUAUUGUUGCAAAGUAUGUGGUGGAGCAUGUGCUGGCUCAGCUUUUAGAAUAA